GUUUUCCUUUGACGUAAGAUAGAUCAUGCUGAUGCUAUUUUGAUGUUUCUUGAUGCUUUUUUGUCAACAAAUGAAUAUAAAAUGUCUUUUUACUUUAUUUAGAACCAGCGAGGAACAUAACCAGGAAAUAGAUUAUCGGUUUCUACGUCAUUUUCUAGCGCCGCUGGGGUUCGUCUCUGCUGGCCUCCGAAAUGGGCAGAACUCAUCAGCCCUGAUUUGAUGAUUGAUUUCACACAUUUAUUCACCAAGAAGGAUAAAGUGCGAGGGAGCAACCAAUAAUGACAUGGAGAGGUGAGGGGAUGGGCGAGGUGAGCAGGAGCUUAUCAGAGCUGAUAGCAGUGGCAUCACUUGCCUGGCACACAGGCCCAGUCCCCCGGUGCCCUCCGCAAUAAGGAGCUCAGCCCAGCCAGGACCACCACCACCACCAACCUCCCCCCGCCCCUCCAUCCACGGCCACCAUGAAGCCAGCUCAGGAGAGCUUGCCACCCAAGAAACGGGACCUCCCUGUCAACAGCAACAAUAACACCACCACCAGUAGCAGCAGCAGCUCUACGAGUGGUGCAGGGUCUGGACCAGCAACAGCCACCGCAGCAACCGGAGGUGGAGGAGGAGAGGAGACAGCAUCCACACAGAACGCCACGGCCAGCAGUGAUGUCCAAAGCAGCAGUAGUGGGGAUUGGCUGCGGGUCCAACAGCAGAACCUGCAGCAGAGCCUGCAGCAACAACAGCAGCAGCAGCACUACAGUGUGGAGGGGGCCCCUGACCAGUACAGUAUGCUAUACAAGGUGGCCCUGCCCUCCGUCACCUACUCCCCCACCAGCCUGCACCCGGCCAUGCUCAGCCACAUCUCCCCUGCCUACACCGUACCCUCCUCUCUGCUUCAGCACGCCGCCGGCCUGUCUUACCCCCCACUCGGCUACACGCCCAUCCCCCACUCCUCGGUGCAGUUUGUGGGUUCUCCGUACGCGGCCGUGCCUUACGCCGUGCCCCCCGGCUUCAUCCCCGCCGGCCCCCUCAUCUCUCCCCAGUCGGCCCUGUCGCAAUCCCACGGCGUACCGCACCUGGUGCCGUACCCUUCGGUCAUCCAGGAGGGCGUGGUGUCCUCGCCGCCCCAGACGCAGGUGCCAGUCCACGCCUAUGCCAAAGUGGCGGCCGCCGCAGCUACCGCGGGUGGUGUUCCUCUGGUGCUGUCCUCGGAGCAGGCCGUGGCGGCGGCGGCAGCAGCAGCUCAACAGCAACAACAGCAGCAGCCAGGGGUCCUCUCCGCCGCCGAGCUCAGCCCCAGAGGGGUGCCCGUGUUCUACCAUCCCGCCAGGCCGCACGCCUCCAGAGAGGCCCUGGAGCAGGAGAGGGAGAGGGAGCGUGACCGGGAGAGGGAGCUGAAUGGCGGGGAGAGAGAGCAGCAGCACCACGGGGCCCCGGGACGGGAGCUGCUGCUGCAGGACUCGGCUGCCCACGCGCCCAGGAACGCUCGCCUGCUGCUGGCAGCAGCGUCAGCCCAACAGCAGCACCAGCUGGAGGCCCAGCAGGAGAGGGAGAGGGAGCCCAGAGGGCCCAAGAGCCGGCGGCCGGACGAGAGGGCCUCACCUGGCCAGCGCAGCACACCUGACAUGGACCUGGAGGUCCAGCAGGUGGUCGGACGCUUGGCCUCUCCAGUCCAGCAUGCCGGCAAUCGCAAGGAAGCCUCCUCCCACGUACCCCUCAACCUAUCCCAGAAUUCCCAGCAGAGCCGAGAGGCUCAUGGCGGGGAGGGCAGGACGGUGUACGUGCAUCAACCCCCCAUCGCCACGGUUACGGACCUGCGGGCUCAGGCACAUGCCCAGACGGCGCUCCAGGCCCAGCCGGGUCACCACGCAGUGAUCCUAGCCAAUGGGCAGCCGGUGCUCAUACCCCUGGACUACCACCGCCACGCCCACCCCCACCCCCACCCCCAAACACAACAGCAGCAGUACGCAGUAGGCCAGCCUAACGACUCAUCCACACCUGCUGUUGCUGCCCCACUUCCACCACACACAGCCGCCAUCACAGCCCAGUCGCCCUACCACAAAGCCAUGGAACACCUCGUAUCAACCGGCCACCCAGACCGGACUGGACCUCCAGAAAUCCAAAUCCAACUCCAGCAACAACCACCACCACAGACACUAGCAGCAGCCCAUAUGGUACCCGGUGCCGUGGCCCUCGCCCCAGUGUCGCUACCGGUCCAGGCCCAGGGGCAGGGGCAGCAGGCACAGGUGCUGGGUCCCCAAGGUCCUGUCCAGGCCGCUGCAGCAGCUGCAGCCGCCACCGGCCCCUCGCACUUCAUGAAGGGAGCCAUCAUCCAGCUGGCCACGGGGGAGCUGAAGCGCGUGGAGGACCUGCAGACGCAGGACUUCGUGCGCAGCGCGGAGAUGAGCGGCGGCCUGAAGAUCGACUCCAGCAUGGUGGUGGACGUGCGCGCCAGCCAGCAGAGGCCCGGCCUGGUGUCGCUGCACUUCAGCGUGGGCGAGCAGCAGAGCAAGGUGACCAUCGACGUGCCGCCCGAGCACCCCUUCUUCGUCUUCGGCCAGGGCUGGUCGUCGUGCAGCCCAGAGCGCACGGCGCAGCUCUACGGCCUGGCCUGCCAUCACCUGCAGGUGGGGGACGUGUGCGUGUCCAUCGCCCUCCAGCAGCCUCCAGCGGCGGCGCAGCAGCAAAAGGUUCAGCCUCAGCAGCAGAUUCAAGAGCAGCAGCAGCAGCAGCAGCAGCCACUGCAGUCACAUUCACAACCACAGCAACAGCACCAACAGCUGGUGCACGUUAGGACUCCAACCAAAUCCAACUCCACGUCGUCUGCGGCGGCGUCGGCUUUGGUCCAGCCAAUGGGGCCGCCGGCGCCCCAGCACACGCGGCCCCACAGCCAAAGCCACUUCCGCAUCCAGAGGGAGCGGGACAGGGAGCGGGAGAGAGAGAGGGACAGAGACAGGGACCGGGACCGAGAGAGAGAACGAGAACGAGAAAGGGAGAGGGUUGAAAAGGACGACGUCGUCCACGUAGGGAUGCUGGGGCACGAGGCUCUGCCGCCGCGUCCCAACCGGACUUCAGCCGAGCACCCGCGCAGCCACAGCAGCUAUUAUUUGCACACGGAGGGCCACUCCCGGCACGAGCUGCCUGGAGGCGGCGGCGGUGGUGGUAGUGUCAGUGGCUUGUCACUCACUUCCUCGUCCAGCAUGGCGGCGGCCCAGAGACGUUGGUCGGCCCCCACCUCCCAAAGAUACGCCAUCAAGGGCGGCGAGGACGGAGGCCCCGGGCACGGGCGUCUUUUGGGGCCCCCCUCAGCACUGCCGCCGGGCCCCCCCUCCAGGCCCUCCUUCAUCCCUCAGGAGGUCAAGCUGUCUAUCGAGGGCCGUUCCAACGCUGGCAAGUAGCAUCCGUAGUGACGGCAGUGGCCAUAUUGAUGGCCAGCGUAAAAAAAAAAUGAAACAGCACCAGAUUGUCGGAAUGGGAAAGAGAAGGCAGGCAGGGAGGGAGGGAGGAGAGUAAAUGCAGCAGUGGAACAUGUUGGAAACCAAGGGAAGAAGAAUGGAGGGAGAACGAGAUUGAGGGAGAGGAAGAGAGCGAGAAGUUAAAAGUGGUGGUGAGAAUGAGAAUGUAGCCUCAGAAUGUUUUUUGAGAUUUUGCACACACAGAAGAAGACUACACUCUUUUUGUUGUUUUCUUUAGAUUUCCCCCCCCCCCUGGACUCGGGCGUGAGGGUAUGCGCUCUUGGAUUACCAAUCGUGAUUUGGGACCAGCGCACCCAGAGCAAGCCUUCUCCUCCUGGGUUUCUCGGCCAGCCAACCCCCACCCCCCUUUCUCCUUCCCUUCCCCUCUGUCUACCUACCAAAGCCUGCGGCAGCACUGCCCCCCUCUCCCUCCCUUUCUCUCUUACGUCCCUCCAUCCUGGCCUCUUUUCUCUCUCCUUCUCCCAUCGCUUCUGCAGCACAUGUCUAGCUGUCAGUCAGUCAGUCAGUCACACUCUCUCUCCCUCGCUGGCCUGUCAAGUCUAUCAGCUGGGCUCAUCAGAGGGUGUCAGAGGGGAAGUGUGCUGGGUGCUGUGCAGCAAACACGGCACUCUUAAACAUUCCCUCUCUGCAAACCCGAUCCCAACUCCAAAACCACACCUUUUUUCUCUUUUUAUUCUCUUUUAUUUCAAUUCUUCCGAAGCAUUCUCAUGCCGUCAUCUGGUGAACAGAGCAACAGCGAUUUUCUGGGGGGUUUUGUUUUUAGAAUGCCCUCUCUUCACCAUCGUAAUUUUCAAGACCCACUGCUUCAAAAGAAAAAGAACACAAGGCACAUCUUGAAGGUCCUCUGUGUUUUUACGUACGUGUGUGGGUCUCGUCUCUUUGACUCUUGCCCUCUUUGCCUUGUUGCAGAUGCUAUCCUGUGUGUCUGUUGACUUCUUGCUAGAUCCUGCACCUACCUAGAGGGGAGACUUUCUGUCCUUUCUUUUCCUCCGCUGUCCUCUUGUGUCUAGUCUCAGGAUGUGUCAACAUAUUCAGGGGGGGUUGUGGGAGAGGGUUGUGGAGGGGAGGAGAAUUUGGCAGGGUGACAUUGAUUCAGGAGAUUUUGUUAUGGAGAUUCAGGCAAUCAGAGCGACACCCAGCAAAACACGUCAGAUGCUGAUGAUCGCUACACCGCGGCCAGCUCUGAUCACAUAAGUUUUACCCACAACGCACCAGCCGUGCCACAGUUACACUAUCUGUAUUCCGUUUGUUUUUUUGACGUUUUUUUUGUUUCAUUUUUGUUUCUUCCUUUCUUUAGCAUUGUCUGUUCAAUUAUUUUGUUUUUUUAUUGGCUUUUUUAUCCUCAUGGAAAAGUUCUGAAAAAAAAUCCUGCAUUCCAGUGUCCCAGUGUGGCGGCUUCUCAGUACCUCUAUAGACAGACAGUAUACCUCUGUGUGUGUGUGUGUGUGUGUGCGCGCGUGUGUGUGUGUAUGCAUGUACAUUUGUGCGCAUGUGUUUGUGGUUAUUUUGGUUUCUGGCCAUAUACCUUUUGAUCCAGUCUUGCUUGUGCUUUUUUCCUACCACUCGAGAGGUAGUUAGCUCAUUGGGCCCUCAGGCAAGUCUCUGAGCUUUGUUGGCGGGCUAAAUCUCGCUGAACGAGAUCGAAAGAGUUUUUGGGCGGACAGCUGGCAUAUAGGAAAGCAGAUGGAAGGUUUUUUUUUUCCUUUCUCCUGCGAGGUUCCGCCACCACCGCACUUGGAUAACAUUAUAGCAACAGCUUUCAAAUUUGAUGGCUGACUGCUGGCAAAUUCCGUGCCGAUCUUGCUUGAAGUCAUGUCAAAACUGCCCAGACAGCUAGCCGCUCCGCCAAGUCGAGCUAGGCCAGUUUGUGGUACACGCCAAAUUUCCGCACCCUUAUUUCACUUUCUUCUCCUUCUGCCGCUACUCCUCAUCACUGAGGAGGAGUAGCCUUGUCUGGCCACCGCCACCGCCAGUUCCUGUCCUGGUCAACAUACAGAGGUGGUUGAAGUAGAAGUAAAAAACAAAACCUGCCAUUAUAGUUACCUUCUAACACAAGUAACUUCACCGAGUACCUGGUCUACAGUUACUAUAGAGCGAUGCACCCGAUUCUGCGCUGGGUUUUUUUUCAGUAACGAUGUCUAGCCACUUCAUUAGGUACAAUGGAAUAACUGGUGUAACCGCUAUGUAAUAUCAUGUGCUAGUGUUGUACUUACACCAUGAAUUUCUACUUUUCCUUUGGCCACCUCUGUCUCCAUAGUCAUGUGUGUCCCCUUCACUCACCAAAACCGCAAGCAAUAGUCCAGUCACAGCACAAGACUGGUUAUCUUCUCCGCUCAGUUGUUUCCCAAGGAUGUUCAGGGAAAGUGUGAUAGUUGUGUCGGAAGGCUUUAGGGUGUUUUUUUUUUUUUUUUUGCUACAGCCAUAAGCCCGUUUCCCUCAGGCCUCACUGUAACUGUUAUCCUUUCCCACUCCCUUACCUGCAAUAAACCCCAUACGUCUUUUUAUUUUUUUCUAGAGAAAAACAUUUAUUUUAAUGACCAAACACAAAAGGUCCAUCAAAUAAAACUCUUUUUUCACUCUUUAGUCUCUAUUCUCAAAACGGAUACAGAGCAGAUUCUCUGCAUUUGUCAGAACCUCUGCAGUCACAGGCUUGCGGCCGAUGUCUGCAUUAUUCCAGGGAUCCAUAAUAACUAACCUUUCCAAAACGCAUGACACAAGUGACACUGCGCUGCCGAUAUAUUUUAUGUCCACCAUCUUUUUAAAGUCCUUUCCCUCUCCACUCCAUCACCUAUUUUCUAGUCUAGUGUAUUCUUGUACGCUAUAUGUAGGAAUAUUAUCUUCUCUCUUCUCUCCUCGCUGUCUCUGGCAAUAUUAACACUGCGUGGUUCUGAAGAUUGUCUUGUAUUGCACAUGUUAUGGAAUUUCACAAAUUAAUUCAGACACUGACAUUUUAAUGGGAAUUUAAACGAUAUAUGACUAUAUUGUAGGGGUUUUUUUAAUGAAGGGAAAGGUAAAAUGUGUAGUUUUUUCACGUGCAAAAGAAGAGGGUCUUUUGUUUAAAAAAAAAUGAAUUUUGGAGGUGAGAAAGUACUGACUGGCAUGGCGGACAUUGUUUACAAAAUUAGCCGAGAGAAAUGCUGCAGUUUCAUUUUUUUCUUACACUGAUUUAAGUAUAGAUGAUGUUGUAAUUGUGGAAGUUAAGUGCAAUUAGACCUGAAAAAGAAAAAAGAGAGAAAAUUAUCAUUUCUUGUCGGAAAUGGCAUUCCAAAAGUCAAACCUGACAUCAUUCCCAUUAUUAAGAGUGAAUUCUAUGUUUGUAGCUUUUUGAAGUUUUUAUUUUAUUUGUUAUUUUUUAUAUGCUUCAAUGUUACUUUGUUGUUUUACUAUGAGCUAUUUUACAUAUUUUCCCAAAAUUUGAUGGGUUCCUUGUGAAGUGAACACCAGACAAAGGGCUCCAGGGCCUUCUCUUCUCUUCUCUUCUCUUCUCUUCUCUUCUCUUCUCUUCUCUUCUCUUCUCUUCUCUUCUCUUCUCUUCUCUUCUCUUCUCUUCUCUUCUCUUCUCUUCUCUUCUCUUCUCUUCUCUUCUCUUCUCUUCUCUUCUCUUCUCCUUCCAUCCUCACAGAUGACAUUACGUUGUGUUAAGCUUUGUCCCCUUUAGUCACCCCCUUCCGUUAGUCAUGUUCUCCUGCCAUCAGAUAAACUCAGUGAUUGAUUGAAUUGUCAGAUUUUUUUUCGUUCCGCUAGUACAUAUCAUGAGUGGGACACCUGCUUUCUAUGAUGUCUAAGCUUGCUGUAGUCAUGACACAUGAUCCAUAUUUAAUACAGAGGUCCAAUUUCAAUGUCGAUAUCCUUCAGUACAGUCCCGCAAUGUAUUCAUCAGGCACCUAUAGCUGUCCUGUAGCAUCAGAUUUUCGUCUCCAGUCCCCCACCCGACCCUUCAUACUUGACAUUUGUGCUGAGUCUUAAAGUGGUCCUGUAUUUCAUAGCAACCUUGAGAACCUCUCGUUUUGUUCCCUUGCACAUUCCACGUGAUGACACUGGCGUAGAAGCUGAGUCUGUAAAGCCCCUCAACAACACUGCCUCCGUCACACUUCAACCCCUGACACACCAGCCAGCCCCGCACUGUGCAGUGCAGCCCAUGGGUGCAUUUCUCGAAAGCGUAGUUGCUAACUACGGUAGCUACUUUGUUGGUUGCAAGUUGCAAUGCAAUAUCCCAUUGACAACUACCCGAGUUGCUAACUGGCUAACAACUAUGCUUUCGAGAAACACAACCCAGGUGAGGUAGCCUUCUCUCUGAAAGGACACGGAAAGCUUUGGAGUGUAGUGCAGGGUGACUGAUUCUAUCACAUACUAUCAAUAUUCCAUCAGUUAAGUCAGGUGUAACUUUGUGACCUAAGUGUAACUAGUUAAGGCAGUGUGUAUGAUUUGGGUCCAUGGAACAACAUCCGUUAAUAGCAUCUUCAAUGUUCAGGUUUGAGCAUAUUUUCAUGGUCAUAUCAAGUUUGUCUUUGGUUUCACCCUCCUCCAGUAAAUAGAUGUCAGUUUUCUGCUUAGUUUCUUAGAAGCAAUAUCCUCAAAACAAAUAUACCUGAGAUGAACUUAAGUCAUUCUUUUGCAUGUGCUAUGCAGUAACUCUUUUAAAUACGAUUCCUCCUGCCAACAGUCCCUGGGCACAACUUUGAACUUUGAAGCUGUUUUUAUCCCUACACUCUUGCAUCAGACAUACAGUAUAGUAAUAAUAUGGUCGAGUACCUUAUGAGGUAUGUAAGGGUUUUGUUUCUUCUGCAUUUGUUUUUAUCUUAACGUUUGAGCUUUUUUUGAAUCCCAAGUCCCAAGUACUGUAGGCGUUGUUUUGAGGAGUCCGCAUGGCCUAGUUACCUCCUCACGUUUGCUAGCUGUUUUUGCAUCUUGCAGCAUGGUAGCGUUUAAUUCCUCUCUUGCGCUGAGGACGUAGGACAGCACGGCGAUGAUGAUGAUGAUGAUGUCGAUGAUUCUAAUGUGGAUAAUAGUGAUGAUGUUGAUGCAGGAUGAUUGAUUGAUUCAUUGAUUGAUUGAUUGAUUGAUUGAUUGCUCUUGUCUUUGGGUCCUCCUGUGUGUUACUGCCUUACCAAACGACUGCCUGCUCUUUUCUCCCGGUUGUUACCCGUGCGCCUUUAGUUGUCAGGAUGGCCCCUGUUGGCAUCAUGCCAAUGGAUCUAUGGGCCGGAGAGCGACCUGGCGCUUACACACAAAGAGAAGAGAUCUGCAGCUGCAAGGGGGGGAAAAAAUCUUGUCUGUGCCUUCCUGUUGUCUAGUCUAGUCUGUGGACCCCCACCGCACCGCACCAAACCUCUCCAUAAAGUCAUAUGUAUGGUUGUAGAUGGGCCUGGGCCUCCCCAACUCCCGCCCUCCUGUCAAUCACAUCUACCCACCCAAUCAGGAGGCUCCCUUUGUUUGAUUGACUGUUAUGGUUGUGAGUGUGAGAUUGCUUUUAUGUUCUCCUGGGCCCAGCCCUUUCCUUACGCUGCCCUCAACGGUUUGGAAAUCAACGGUUUAGAGCACCUGCUCAGGGUCCUCAUCCUGUGUCUUUGUCUGAUGUUUGUUUCCAGCCACUCUUGUGUGUUAUAGGUGCUGUGUGUUUCCAAGGUCGAGUCUGCUGUAAAAACCACCUCCAAUGAUCCCUCACCUUUCCCCUCUCACCUCUCACAGGCUCUUCCUCCAGAGUAUCUGGAGUAGGUUUGGGUCCAGCCCUCAGUAUGGUCCACCUACUAACAACCACCCAUUAGUUCCAAUUCUUCACACUUGCGGUAGCAUAGCAUUACCUCAGGGUAGUGAUUCCCAAAUUGUGGGCCGCGAAGGUAUUCCAAGUGGGCCCUGAAAUCAUUUUCUAAAAAAAGUCAAUAAUAUUUUUUGCUGUUGACUACAUUUGAGUUGCAUUGUUCAUUGGGCCAGAGAUUGGCCCCAAACAUUUGUGAAAAUUUCAAGUGGACCCCAAUUUUGAAAAUGUUGGGAACCCCUGCCUUAGGGUAGCCUUUCACCUACACAUAUAUACACGCACGCACACAUGAACGCGCGCACACGCAUGCCUCCUGAAGUGUACCCCUCAGGAUGGGUUGGAGAACUGGCAGGGAGUCGACCUCUCCUUGAUAUGUAACCUCACGAAAGCCUGUCCUUAAAGAAAGGCCAGGACCCUCCUUCUUAUACACUUGUCUUACUGAAGCGAAGACAUGUUGCACUUAUAUUUUUCCCUCUUGUUAUAGCGUGUUUUUACAGACAGAAUGGUGAAAAAGAGUCUUUUAACUGUUGGCUAUCAGUGAACUAUUUAAUCACACAAAACCCUUUUGAGAACAAUCAUCCAACUGAUGUAUGUGUGUGUUUUGCGUGUAUGUAUGUUUGUACAGAUCUUUAAAAAAGUAAGUUUAGUAUAUUACCAAGCUUGUUGUUAUAACGCCUUAAAAAUAUGUGCAUCAUGCAAUACGUCAGUGGAAUAACUUUUUGUGUGUUAAUUCCCCCUUUUUUGUUGCUCUGCUUUCUUCGUUUUUCUUUAGGAGGACAUUGUUUGCUAAUUGUUUUUGUUUUCUUGCUCUCUGUGUCUCACGCUGAAGCACUGGCGCUGGUAGUCAUCUGAUGUUGCAGUGAUGGUGCACAGUUUCCCAAAUCCAUCACUGCCUGGUGCUGGUCAUGGUUAACCGCACAGUCAGUCAUUCAUGCCUGCAUAUCACAAGGCUGGACCUUCAGCCAUAGUGCUUGUUUUUAUUCUAUAGUAGGCUUUUAAAUGUCCACCCAUAGAGCACUCAUUGCAUCCUAUUCUUGAUUUUUUUUUCUUUUUCUUUUUUUUUCUGGAUGAUUUCAAAUAAAUUUGCCUUUGGGUAUUUAUUUAAGUCUUCGUGCCACCAAGGCGUGCGGGACGAGCAGUUAACCCAUAUUUUUUCUGUUCUGUAAACACAAACAUACUCAACCCCUCUUUGACCACGCCACCCUUCUCUCUGCACUGCUAAUAUGGGUGCUAUUAUGCCCAGUCCACUCAAAGCUUUUGCCUCCUCCUAUGACUUAUAGUAAUCUUUCCCUUCUCUCUAACCCCUGUGCACAGGUAAAAUGUAUAUUUGAGCACAGAGUGAACUUUUUUACCGACUAUGGAAGGGAGUGACCUUAUUUUGUGGUAGUGCUAUCGUUUUUUGUUUUUUAAAAACCCGAUUCCCUUUUGCGUCAAGACGAAGGCCGUACCAAGCCUGUUUUCAGGUCCCCUUGCUGUGGUAUUUGUUUUUGGUUGGCUUGGAGGAAAAUCUGGGCCGGCAAGAGAAACGAUGUCCCUCCUACCGGACUAAGGCCAUGCUUUGUGGAAAACAAAACGAGUUGACUUUAUUUUUUAUUUUCUCCUUUUUUUGUAAACGGUUAAAAGUUUUAAAGGAAUAAUUAUGUAGUUUCAAAUUCGACAUUGUACUUUUGGCACUAAGUGACACUGCUUUUUAAUGUGUUGUGUGACCAGUUUAAAAAAAAAAGAAAGCAGCAUCUUUUAAUGCAUAAAAGUCUGCAAAAUAUAUGCAAUGAUGUAUAUGUAAUAUUCAAUCCUCAAGUAUAAUCCAGGUUGUAUAAACUUUGUAUAGUGAGUUUUAAAAUUGUAUGGCCGUACCAAUAUGUAUUAAUUCUUCUCUGAAGCCUUAGAGUUGUCUACCCAAAGUGCUCCCUUAGAAUCGCCCUUCCACCUACCUGAAACUUUUCAGAAGCAUUAAUAACUAUAUUUUGUUGCGUUUUUUUUUUUGUACCCUCUUUUUUGAAUAAAAUAGAUUUGUACUGUAUAUUUGUACCUCUCUGUGAGCGCCUUGGGGCGGUUUUGUUUUGUUGUUUUGUUUUUUGUUUUUGUUUUUUCUUCCCCUUUUUUUGUUUUGUUUUGCCGUUUUAAUUCUAUGUAAGGACACAAAGAUAUUGUAUUUUUAUUGUUACAGCUAACUUCUUGGAAGCAUUGCAUUUAUCAUGUUUGUUAAGUAAAUACAAUAUAAUAUAUAUAUAAUACUACCAAUUUGA